GACGGUUGCUACAACAGUUCAAUGCGUCUUCUCCUCUAGCUAGGUUGAUAGCCGCUAUACAGUAGCUUUGAAAGUAGCCUGUCCGCUCCCAAACAUUCACGUUAGCUAAAUAUUACUCUACAACUGCGAUACUUGAUGGUUUCUGAUAGUUUCUGAUAGAAAAAUGGCUUUUGUUUCACAAAGCCAUAGAGCUCCAAACGAAAGUUACACCUUCGCAAGUCGCCCCAGACCUGUUGAGAACCGCUCCAAAUACAGAGAGCCUCCGUCUGAACAGACACACAGCAAUUAUGGAAACAUUAUGUAUGACCGUCGUGUUGUCAGAGGAAACACUUACGCCCAACUAAUCAUACCAACUACGGCUCAGCCAGACCCUGUUGAAGCACAACGACAACAGGAGAAUAGGAGGAGAGCCAUUGCUCGAAAACGAGCCAGGGAGCAGUUCAGACCAAGUACUCCUGAGGCCCUGCAGGGCAGAAAACACAUUGAUGUGCAAACAGAGCUGUAUCUCGAAGAAUUGAGUGAUGUUAUAGUGGCUACAGAUGUUGAGUGCCAGACUGAUGCUUUCCUGGACAAACCUGCAACCCCGCUCUUCAUACCUGCUAAAUCUGGCAAAGAUGUUGAAACACAGAUAGAGGAGGGAGAGCUGUUUGACUUUGACAGGGAGGUGCAGCCAGUGUUGGAGGUCCUGGUGGGUAAGACAAUAGAACAGUCCCUGGAGGAGGUGAUGGAGGAGGAGGAGCUGGCCUGUCUGAGGGCCCAGCAGAGGGCCUUCGAAGAGCUCCGAAAUAAUGAGCUGGCAGAGGUGCUGCGGCUUCAGGAGCAGGAGAGACGCCGCAGUGAGGAGAAAGGGCGUAGAAUUGCCCAGCAAAAGGAGGUGCUGAAAAAAGAAAAAGAGACUGCAGAGAAGAUUGCGGCGCGGGCGUACACCCAGCAGUACUUGGCUGACCUCCUACCUGCAGUCUUUACCUCACUGAGAAGCCAUGGCUACUUUUAUGACCCCGUGGAGAAAGAUAUUGAGAAUCAUUUCUUCCCAUGGCUGAUGGCUGAGGUUAACAACAGUUUGGAGAAGAGAUACACAGCAAGAGAGCUGCUGGACACUAUCAUCCAUGAUGUCACCCGGAAAAGACUGAAGAUGUUCAAAGAGCUGGAGACGCAGUGAUAGUGAUUCACUGAGAAAGGCCAAGGGCAUGGAUGCAUUCUCAAAAAUAAAAAUACAUUUCACUGACUUAAUUAACACAAGUUUUCCCUUUGAGAACACAAUACUAGUGUAUGUUGUUCCAGUGUAAGUAAUUUGUUUCAACCUUAAAAUUAAUAUAAUGAUUCUAAUGAUUAGUAGGGAAUAUAGUGAAAAAAUUAUAAUGCAGUUUUGUAUUAUCCUUUUUUGCAAACGUUUGCACUUGUUCUUGUAUAUCAUAAAUCAGGGAUUUCUAUUAGUAUGAA